GGAAUGUCAUUCCGGCAGAAAUUCCCCAGUUGUUGGUGCCUUGCAGAUUCCCACACGAUCGCUCUGGCUCGGCAAUAUCGAUCCUACCUUGACGGUGAACGACUUGGUAUGUCUUUUUUCUCAGUACGGUGAGAUUGACAAUGUGCGGAUAUUGCCGGACCGAGAGUGUGCGUUUGUCAAUUACACCACGACCGAUGAUGCUUUACGCGCCAAGGAGGUAUUGAACAUGAUGGGCAAUCGUCUGGGUAAUAUGACUCUCAAAGUGGGGUUCGGAAGACCCGAAGCGGUUCCGCAAUCGGUUUGCGGAGAAAUGGGAAUCAACGCACAAGGACCCACUCGAGCAUUAUGGAUUGGAAACAUACCUGGGCCCACGACGUCUUCGGCGCUCCUGUCAAUCUUUUCGGUCUAUGGUGCCAUCGAAUCAGUUCGUGUGCUGACGCAUAAAAACUGCGCCUUUGUGAACUUUGAACAGCAAGAAGAUGCCGUACGUGCAAAGAAAGCUUUGCAUAAUAAAGAGAUCACGGGCCCUGGCACCGGCGCGGUCCGCAUUGGGUUCGCCAAAGUCCCGACAAAAACAACAAACUUGUCACCCUCCGGUGGAACAGCCGUCGACGGAUUCGAUGCGACCAUGCAAUCCGAAAAGUCCAAAUCGCCUUUGAAUUGGCCCUCGUCUUCGCCAAACAAUACCAAUAUGGAUGGGUAUCAAGCCCAACAAAUGAUGAUUUACAUGAUGACAGAAAUGAUGGGCGGCGAUUCCGCCAAUAUUUUUGCGGCCGUAGCGGCCGAAAGACAACUCAUUAUGAAGGAAUUUGGAGAGGAAGAUAAUGACGGUCCUGUAUUUGAUGAACUCCAUAUGCCUGCCGCAUACUAUUCCACGGUUCCUGCUGCUCCUGAACUAGGCCAGACGCGUAAAAUUGAUAUUGCUCGCUUGCGUGAAAUCCGUCGAAAGUUGGACAUUGGAAGCUUUGUGCCUACACGGGAACUCGAAAAUAUCGCCAACGAAUGUAUCGACGAGCUUGUAGAACUUUGCAGCGAUUACAUUGGUAACACAAUCGUGCAGCGCCUAUUUGAACGUUGUUUGGAAGGGACCAAGUCACGCAUGCUGGAAGUGGUGGCGCCUUAUUUGGCCUCCAUCGGCGUACACAAAAACGGAACAUGGGCCGCUCAAAAAAUCAUUGACACGGCUCGCUUGCCAAGUCAGAUGAAUCUGGUUUGCGCCCACAUCAAAUACUACGUGCCGGCUCUCCUGUUGGACCAAUUUGGCAAUUACGUUGUUCAAGGUUGUCUCAGUUUGGGCCCCGAGCAGAAUCAAUUCAUAUUUGAUGCUAUUGUUGACAGCUGUUGGGAGAUUGCUCAAGGACGAUUCGGAGCUCGGGCCGUACGAGCCACUCUGGAAAGUCCCCAUGUGACCAAACGUCAACAGAAAUAUGUUGCUGCGACACUGGUUCAACACGCAUUGCUACUUGCUACAAACGCGAAUGGAGCGCUCUUACUGAUCUGGUUACUGGAUACGUCGGGUAUUCCUGGAAGAUAUCGCAUUCUCGCCCCGCGUCUCACUCCGCACUUGGCUCGUCUGUGUACCCAUAAACUGGCUUCACUCACGGUGUUGAAACUGGUCAACCAGCGACAAGAGCCUGAUGCACGUACACUGAUACUGGACACCUUAUUCUUCGCCCCGACCGAUCAAGUGAUUGACGAAAUCCUGAUGGAUCAGGUUCACGGGGUGGGCGUGGUGCAGAAAAUCUUAUCCAGUUCCUACGUCGAACUGCGAGAACGACAACGGAUUGCCGAACGCGUCAAACAGUUGCUUGGAAAAUUAAAGUUGCAGCAUGUGCAAGGUUACAAGCGGCUCAUGGAAGAAAUCAACAUGGUGAUGGGCGAUUCCAAUCCUGUGGCCAGUCUGGCAACGCUUCCCGGCUUUGUGCCACCUUCCUUUAUCAAUCCUGAAUUGGCAGCCGCUUUGCACGCAAAAUACAUGGCCGCCGCAGCCACAGCAACCGGAUACUCAGCGUCGCAAAUCCAGCCAACAGGUGACAAUGAUACCAACGAGUCGUCGUCGUCGUCGUCAGAAAAUAACAUGACCGACGGUACCGGUACUUCCAGCUUGCAAUCGCAGGCUUUGGCGGCUGCCGCCAUCAUGGCGAAUUUUUAUGCAGCGGCCAGUGCGUCCUCAUCGAGCAUGCCUACUCCAGGGGCAUUUUCAGAUGCUCUCGGAUUUCUCAAAUUGGCACAUCAACAGCAGCAACAGCAGCAGCCGCCACCCCUUGCAUCCACUGAUGAGAGCCACAGUCGACGUACGUCGAUGCAAGACAAGGAGGAGGAGGAGGUGGAUACCCAGGCAUCUUUAUGAUGAAACAUACCAAGCCAACUAUUUUUCUCUUUCACGGUCGGCUGAAUGAUGAUACCCCUUUAUAGAAAAUAUCAGAUUUUAUCAAAAAAGACUUUCACCCCCAUUUUGCAUUCCAUC